AUGCGCGUCUGCUACUUCGCUCUCCUGCAUACUGCCGCUCUAGUCGUCAUGGCCACCAAGUCGUCGGAAACAUUCCAGCCGAGUGUCCACUUGGGACCCCUCCGUGACGUCGACGACCACCGCAACAACGUCUCAGUCAAUCGGGCGCUGAGGGCGCAGGCAGCUCCCGAUGAUGAAGUGAGAGCGGGUAGUUCUUCUGCGAUCACAUACGCAAUGCAAGCACUUGAAGUGCACGCUAAGCUUCGCAAAGAAGGGCAGCCCUUUGGCGGGAAACAUUUUAACAAUCUGAUGAAAGGGUUGUCUCAACGCGGACUGGUGAAUGGAGUGGUGUCCAAGUUUGGCGCUGAUAAAUCGGCCGAACAAGCCCUGGUAACAAAACUGGUUGACGUGUAUGGAAAUUACGUGAUCGGCCAGUGGAUAGUGACAACGUGCCUUGCCAAAGACUUGUCAUCAGGACAGGAACGCAUGCGAGAGAUAUUGGUCAAACAUUGGGUCGCAACCCCGGCUCUGCGCUACAUGAUCGCUUCUAUUCGUGCGACCAAUGAUUUCCAGGGUGCAGCCGAGCAAGCACUGGUCAAGAAACUGGUCGACGCAUAUGGAGACAAAGUGAUCGGCCCGUGGACAGUGAGACUGAGCCUUGCCAAAAACUUGUCAUCAGGACAGGAAUUCAUGCUAGAGAUCUUGGCCAAACAUUGGGUGGCAAAACAGGAUCCACUAGCUAUGAUCACUUGGCUUCGCACGACCAAGAAUUUCCAGGAUACAGACUUCUAUCUUCCCGUGGUCGCCAAACUUCUGCAGAAUGUCAAACCUACCGCUGUGAACGAAGCCAUUUUUGCUGCCUGUGGUGAAAGUUACGCCUAUUUCGUUACAGUCCUGUACCGUGCGUCCAUGAAGAAAGAGUCGGAUCUAACUGCUUGUAAAGAGGCUUGGCGCUUCCAUCAUGGGCACAUCCCUGAGGAACUGCUUAAUUGGUCUACUUUUCUACACUCGUACCAUCAUUAUCUUGAGAAAGAUUUCAAGAAAUUCAAGGGCGAACACAAUCGUCCAUAUGACCCUCUCAACUUAGAGCAACUCAAGCACGCUUUCGUCAUGAUGUCUUUCUCAACGUAG